AAUAUUCGGGGUAAGAAAUCCUUUAUGAACAUCAUCAGGAGGUACAUAACCUGAGGAUCUGAACGCCCUGGGAAGAGUCUUCGCGUUAACAAAGAACCGAAGAGUGUCGGAAUGGGCAGCGGGGCAUCGACGGAGGGCAAGGGCCCGGAAGCGAAGAAGAGACGCUACAAGAACGCCGUGAUGGUGAUCGGCACAUUCUCCAAGCACACGAACCAGGCGCGGAAGCAGCAGAAGCGCCUGGAGCUGAUAAUGCACAUCGAGAGGAUCAAGAUGGAGAAUAACGCGGACUAUGAGGAGGUUGUCAGGGGGAACGCAGACCCCCACAGGUUCCGGCAGAGUUCCGCUACUUCGCGGAAAGACAUUGAUGGAGACGACAUCGUACCGGAUACGGACAAGCCCACGUGGGCAGCGUACCAUUCUGACCCCAAGUGUUGGCUGUGCCGGAAAGCUGCCGAUGACGACGCCCACCCGUGCCGAGUAUGUACGCGGAUCUUCCACCAGGAGUGUCUGGAACAGUGUGGGGAGUGCCGCAAGGUGGACGCCCUCCUCAGCGCGAGGUCAAGGACAAAUAUAGGCUGGAGCUGCUACAUCUGCAGUAACCUCAGUUUGUUGCUGAAUGAUGUCGAACUGGAGGAGUUGAUAGAAUCUUUUGAGAACUACGACAAAGACAAAGAUGGCUCUGUGUCGUGGGAUGAGUUCAGCGAAGGUAAAGGUCACCUGCUGGAGCUGCGUGAAGAACGUCAGGUGACGGAGUUCGACAAACGGCUGAUGAAGGUGGACUUCCAAGUGGCUGACGUGGACAGUGACGGCAAGCUGGACUGGUGGGAAUUCCUCAACCACGAGGCCAAGAAACUGCUGGCUAAGAGAGAUAGGAGGGAGUUGGUGGAGUUGCUGACAGAGAAGGAGCUGCUGGUGGCCAAGGCGCUGUUCCGGACGCUGGACAAGAACGGAGAUGGAACCGUCACAGAGUUGGAGGCGCGAGAAGCCUUCAGACACUGGUACAGACACUUCGAGGAUGAGGAGAUGGAACGCCGUCUUGGACGUGAGAGUUCGAGUCUGGAGUUGCACGUCAACCUCAACACGAAGAUUAUCAUGCAUGUGGACAGCUGCGACCGAGAGGUUCUAACAUGGGCUUCGUUUCUGAUGGAACAAGGCCUCUAUCUGCUGUGCAACAGACCCAACAUAACUUUCAGCAAGUGACGCGUUCACACCUGCUUACCGAACACCCUGUCACGAGCGUGACUGCCACCAUCACAGACACCUAGCAUCACAGACGUGGUUGCCCACCGACCAUUGACGUGAUACCCAAAGUCACGGAUGCGACUACCCACUUGCCAUGGACGUGACACCCACCCUCAUAGACAUGACUACCCUCAAUCACAAACAUGACAUCCACCCUCACAUGCACCAGUGUAUAGGUAUAUAACUGUCUCAUCGACUGGUUUCCGGGAACGGCCUAUAAGACUACCAGGAAGGGUCAUAGCUUCAAUGAUCGACACGUGUAAUUGUGGACAGGAAUUGAAUGACGGCAUUGUCAGCUGCAUAUAUUCAGUGGCAUAGGCACCGCACACUAAACUUAAGGUUCUGAAUGUGAUGGACAUAGCAUUUACACUGUGUCAAUACAAUGGCAUGAAACAUGAUGUGUUCAUUAUCGACAUGGUGACGACAAUCUGUAUUUCAUAUCGUCAUCACGAAGACUUGUGACAGUCUGUAUUUCAUAUCGUCAUCAUGAAGACUUGUGACGAUCCGUGUUUCUUAUGGUCAUCAUGAAGACUUGUGACGAUUUGUAUUUCUUAUGCUUAUCAUGAAGACUUCUCUGUAUUCACCAUCGUCGUGCAUCGCGAUGACUACCAUACACUGUGUGUAGCAGCCAGAUGCAAUACUGUAAAGUGCAUCGUUUGCAUCCAUCAUCAUCAACAACUAUACAGUUUCCUUGAUUCGACAACGGCACCACAACUUGAACAGACAUUUAUUUUCGACUAGGUCACCGUGAUUGUAGCCAGUGUGUUCCAACUAUAAUCGUUGUAAGUCUUGUGUUUAUUCAGUUCAAGCGCCAGUAUGUUUAACGUUACAUUUAAAAAUAACAUUUGUUCAUUCUGCCAUCGAAAAGUUUCCAGAGUUUGAAAUUAUUUUUCUGGAAUAUUUACUCUUUAACCUUUUCAUUUUUAUAAUAAAAUUAUAAUUCAUUUUC